UUCUGUGGUCUGGCUCUGGAUUAUUCCAACAAGUCGUGCGCCAUGCCACCCAUCACUUUCCACGACCUGCCGCUCAACAUUUACAUGGUCAUCUUUGGCACAGGGAUCUUCGUCUUUAUCCUCAGCCUCAUCUUCUGCUGUUACUUCAUCAGCAAACUUCGACACCAGGCCCAGAGUGAGCGGUUUGGAUACAGAGAGGUGGUUUUGAAAGGAGACCCAAAGAGGUUGAACGUGCACGGGCAGACUUGCGCCGUUUGUCUGGAGGAUUUCAAAGUGAAAGAUGAGCUGGGAGUGUUGCCAUGCCAACACGCUUUCCACCGAAAGUGUCUCGUAAAGUGGUUGGAGGUACGCUGCGUCUGCCCCAUGUGCAACAAACCCAUCGCCGGCCCCCCAGAGCAGCACCACAGCAUCGGUACCCUGCUGGACGAACUGGUGUAA